AUGGAAAUUAAUGAAGAAUUGACUCCCAGAGCGGAAGAGGUGGCUCCUAUGGCGGUAGAGGAGGUUUCUAUGACGGUAGGGGAGGAGGUUCCCAUGACAGAAGGGCAGGGGGCUCGUAAGGUGGAAGAGGAGGAGGCUCCCAUGACAGAAGGGAAGGGGGGUCAUAAGGCGGAAGAGGCUCCUAUGGCGGUAGAGGAGGAGGUUCCCAUGACAGAAGAGAAGGGGACUCUUAAGGUGGAAGAGGAAGAGGUUCCCAUGACAGAAGGAAGGGAGGCUCCUAGGGCGGUAGAGGAGGAGGUUCCCAUGACAGAAGGGAAGGGGGAUCGUAGGGCAGAAGAGGAGGAGGGUCCUAUGGAUGUAGAGGAGGCUCCUAUGGCGGUAGAGGAGGUUCCCAUGGCGGUAGAGGAGGUUCCUAUGACGGUAGGGGAGGAGGUUCCCAUGACAGAAGGGCAGGGGGCUCGUAAGGUGGAAGAGGAGGAGGCUCCCAUGACAGAAGGGAAGGGGGGUCAUAAGGCGGAAGAGGCUCCUAUGGCGGUAGACGAGGAGGUUCCCAUGACAGAAGAGAAGGGGGCUCGUAAGGUGGAAGAGGAAGAGGUUCCCAUGACAGAAGGAAGGGAGGCUCUUAGGGCGGUAGAGGAGGAGGUUCCCAUGACAGAAGGGAAGGAGGAUCGUAGGGCAGAAGAGGAGGAGGGUCCUAUGGAUGUAGAGGAGGUUCCCAUGGCGGUAGAGGAGGAGGUUCGAAGGGCAGAAGGAGAUGAGGCUCGCAGGGCCAAAGAAGAGGCUGAGAAAAGAUUUGUUGAGAAAGACUAUAAUGGUGCUAGUAGCUAUGCUUUGAGAGCUCAAAUGCUUUGUCCCAGUUUGGAGGGUAUAAAGGAAAUGAAAGCUACAUUUGACGUCUAUGCUGCAUCUGAGACAAAGAUCAAUGGGGAAAGUGAUUUCUAUGCAGUUUUUGGUCUAAAACCAUUUGCCAUUAAGGCUAGGAUCAUUAAUCAGUAUACAGAUAUGCGUGGUCUACUCAACCCGUAUUGCAACAAAACUGUUGGGGCAGAAGGGGCAUUUAAGCUUCUAUUGGAAGCAUGGAAUAUAUUGUCCGACCUAAGUGAACGAACCUCGUACGAUAUCAGGAGAAAUACUAGGGGUGAUUCCUUUUGGACAAAAUGCACCACUUGUGGCGUGCAGUAUGAGUAUCUCCUGAAGUACUUGAACAAAAAACUAUCCUGCAAAAACUGUCGUCUUGUUUUCAUGGCAAUUAACGAGGGACUAGCCCCUCCAGAUGGCUCGUAUCCUUUCCGUGAUUGUCAACAUUUUCCUGCUCCUGCAAACGGUUAUGCAAGUCAACAUGGGGCUAUUACAAAUAUCCCAACCACAAAUGGAGUCGCUGUACCUAAAUCUAAGCGGAAAUCGUAUUCUGGAUCUUCAGUUGAGGUUGCUGAUACAAAUUUAACCAUCCCCCGCGAGGAACACACUAUAGGGAAUGAUAAUAAAAGCACGAAAUCUCUUUACGAGUCUUCCAAACUGGGCAGCUCCUCAAAGAGAAAGAGGCUUGAUGACAGAGGCAUUGCAAAGCCUUCAAAUAAUCUAUCAGAUAUGGAACCAUCAUUGCCAAUUUUUGACUCAAGGAAGUUAGUGCCAAUUUUUGACUCAAGGAAGUUAUUAAUUAAUAGGGCAUUAUCUGAAAUAAGAAAGAAGUUGCCAGAGAUAAGGAAGGCUGAUGCCGAACUAGCUGCACUGAAGAAAAACCUAGCAAAUUUACCUCAAAAAGCAUCAGCAGCAGGAGCAGCAGGAUCAUCAGGAGGAGGAGGAGAGGUGGUGGUGUCUAACAAGCCUAGCACUGCAACAAUUUCUGGCACAGUGGAGCAUCAAUCAGUGGUGAGGAGGACAUCAAUGCACAUGACUGUUCCUGACUCUGAUUUUCACAACUUUGACAGUGAAAGGUCUGAGGAAUGCUUCAAGGCGAAGCAGAUAUGGGCAAUCUACGAUGAAGAAGAUGGUAUGCCACGUCUGUACUGUCUGAUUCGUCAAGUGAUUUCGGUCUCACCUUUUAAAGUUGCAAUAAGUUACAUGAACUCUAAAUCUGUUUCGGAGUUUGGGUCGGUGAAUUGGAUAGAAUCCGGGUUUACAAAAUCUUGUGGAAAUUUUAGGACAUCAAACAUUGAUGUGGUUGAAGAAGUGAAUAUCUUUUCUCAUGUACUGAGCAGAGAAAAAACAACAAGGGGAGGAUGCCUUAGAAUUUAUCCUAGGAGCGGAGAUAUAUGGGCCAUAUACAAGAACUGGUCAUCGGAAUGGAACAGGGAGACCCCCUCUGAAGUUAGGCAUCAAUAUGAGAUGGUGGAAAUUAUGAUGGAUUAUGAUGAAGAAGAUGGGGUUUGCAUGUGUCCACUGGUGAAAGUAGAUGGUUACAGGACUGUGUAUGGGAGGAACCCAGAUAAGGGUUCCAUUUGUAGGGUUUUGAAGAAGGAAAUGUUGAGAUUCUCACAUUGUGUUCCUUCUUGGCGAAUUAGAGGUGCAGAGAAGACUGAUGAUCUGCCAGAAUGCUGUUGGGAUCUUGACCCAGCCGCAACCCAAGAUGGCCUUAUCCUUCAAAAGCAAGAAGAAGAAGAAGAAGAAGAAGCUGAGGCUGAAGCUGAAGCUGGAAACUUAAAGUGA